AUGUUCAUGGAAGCAGCAGUUCCGAGUGUGACCCGUGCCUCAUCGCAGAAAGGAGACGUGGGCAUCUGGUUUCCCGCAGCUACCACCGGACAGCCGUCCCAGUUCAUCACCUCGCGCCCUCCACCUGUCAUGGACAGCUUUAUGCUUCCGUUUGUGCGAGAGCACUGUCUAUCCUGUCUGCCCCCUGAAGAAGAUUAUGCCCGAUUGAAAGCAUUGUUUCUGCAGAGAGUUCACCCCAUCUUUCCCGUCAUCCCGGAAGCCGCUCUCAAUGGACCCACGGACAACCCUUCCAAUAUUGUGCUACGACAACUUGCUUGUUUGGCAGCUGGCUCUGAUCCACAGAUGACUCCCUUUCUGCGUCUGAAGAAUAAAGGGCCUAGCCCAUUGCGACCCGCCGAAUUCUCCAGCGCAUUGUCUUCCUCGGUCCGUGCCAUCCUGGAAACCAGUAUUAUUCCUGAUAGAGUGGUACACAUACAGGCACUCACUAUGUUAUCCCUUUACACUCAGCCCACUUGCGCUGAAGAAGCCGACUUACCGGCUCAGCUUGGGGGCAGGGCAAUUCACCACAUCCAGACUUUGGGUUUGCACCUUCUCCGAUACGAUGGCCCAAAUUUUGGCGACCUGGAAAACCUCUUUUGCGCAGUCUGGGCCUUGGACAGAAUCAAUGCCGCCAUGUAUGGACGGCCAUGUCUAAUCCAUGAGAGAGACAUAGGAGCGGAUCUCGAUGCGUGUAUUAGGAAACGUCAGCCUGCCUUCCGACUUCUGCUUUCUGUAGCACAAUGGCUAGACAAGGUGGUGGAGCUAUAUCGCCCUGGCCCCAGUGCGCAAGUGUCUGGUUUUGAUAAAGUCGCGUAUAUCGAUCUUCCCGUUCUUGAAGCAAUGAUUGUGGAUGCAGACGCCUUAAAAGUCCCGACAUCACUCAUUGCUACUAUUGAAACGUUUUACCAUGCCGUCAUAAUUCUAUCGUGCCGGCUUCCUCGGCCAGGAACAAUAAUCGCAGCGUCGACAUUGCCGCCGCCGUCUGCCAAUGCCCGUCGUUCACUAGCAGCCGAGCGCAUUGCGUGCGCAGUACCAAGGGAUUGCUUAAGCUCAAUUCCUUUUAUUCCCUACGCAGUGUCUCUCGCUCUGAGUGUUGAGUAUCGAAAGAUGAGACACAGCCGACUGCCAAUGUUCCGCACGCGAGCAAUGAACGCCUUCAAAAGAAACUGCGACCUUCUUCGAUCUUAUAGCGAACACUACUGGAGCGCCCGAGUCGUCGCCGGGCUUGGAGAAGGCGUGUUAAGGGAAAUGGAGCGCGCAGCCAAUACGCUGGCCAAGGAGCUCAGUCCUCAACCAGCUGAAGUACCGCCAAAGCCCGUAGUUGAUGAUCAAGACGCGCCAGCAGCUCAAGAUCUAGGCCCUACGCCGGCAGGAGACUCCGCGGCCAUGAAUUCUAACCUGGGCUUUGAUAAUGUCAUUGAUUUUUCCGUCAUUGACGCAAUUUCAGGCCAGGAUGUGUUUGGGCACAUCGAUCCCAACUUCAACUUGGACGCCGUGGAAGAUGCCCUGGAAGCAAAUCUUGAUAUUGGCCUCCCUCCCAAUUGGGGAGAUUGGGGCCAGUUUGCUGCUUGA